UUUGUGUUCAUUUAUCGAGUGUUUUGGGAGAUACUGGGUAGCAUUUGGAGUCAUGUGUUGUCGCGUUACUUUACUGUAGUCUUUCUCCUUUUUUUUCCUCCGUAUUUGUUAAACCUGGUUCAGACACAAUGCGGCCUUUGUACGUUGCCGUUAUUCUUUUUUGGGCUGCCAGCGCCACACAUGCAAAAGCUGUGCCUUCUCUUCCUGACUUCGGAGACGCUUAUCACGUCAAAGGUGUGAUCUCUUUGCCCUAUGCUGAGAUUUUGGAGCCAUUUGAGGGCUGGUUUGACCUCGCAGCAAAGUCCAGCCGUAUAGACUAUUAUCAUGGCCAGGUCUCCACUUACCAGCUGGCGGCUCAGCAGAAGUUUGGCGUUUCCUACAAAAUCACUCCUGAGACCACAGAGGUGGAGCAAAACGUCAUGAAGUGCUUUCAGGUGAACGGCACGAAGGACGAAGCGGUCAAGCCGCAAGCGUCGCUGCCGGACGUGCAGGGCUUCCAGUUCUUGAGGAUGGAGUAUUACGGCGGCUCGCUGUGCGAAGUCUGGCAGAACGUGACCACUGUGGGCUACAAGAAGAACACCUACACGCUGUGGGUGACGAACGCAGAGAAAAAAGCAGACGGACAGAAAAGCACUUCCAUACCCCUUCACUACGAGAUGAUGGGGUACAACACUCUGCUGGGGUCCCAUUAUGACAAGUACCUGGUGGACUACAAAGAGUUCAGCACCCAUUUUGACCCCAUAGUUUUCUCUCUGCCUGAAGGGAUGACUUGCGGGGGAUUCCCAGGUCCAGGAGUAGAGCACCACCUGCUGGCUAACCCGAUGAAGGAACUCAUCCACACCUCGGCUUCAGGCCACUCUCAGAAGAUGUUCGGUCAUUUCAAGGAGAAGUUCCAGCGUCAGUAUGGCGACGACAUGGAGCACGAGAAGAGAGAGCAUGCUUUUCUUCACAACCUCAGGUAUGUCCACUCUAAGAACAGAGCUGGCCUGUCCUUCUCCCUGGCUCUGAACUCGCUGUCGGACCGCACCAUGUCGGAGCUAGCAACCAUGAGGGGGAGAAAACGAAGCAAGACCCCAAACAAGGGUCUCCCCUUCCCAUCCAAGAUGUACGAAGGGGUGAAAGUACCCGAGUCUCUAGACUGGAGGCUGUACGGUGCUGUGACUCCAGUGAAGGACCAAGCCAUCUGCGGCUCCUGCUGGAGCUUUGCCACCACUGGAGCAGUAGAGGGCGCCCUCUUCCUAAAGACGGGCUCCCUGCAGGUCCUGUCCCAGCAGAUGCUGGUGGACUGCUCCUGGGGCUUCGGCAACAACGGCUGCGACGGCGGGGAGGAGUGGCGGGCGUACGAGUGGAUCAUGAAACACGGAGGCAUCGCCACCACGGAAACCUACGGCGCCUACAUGGGAAUGAACGGAUUCUGCCACCUGAACUCGUCGCAGCUCACCGCCCACGUCAAAAGCUACACCAACGUCACGUCAGGCGACGCGGACGCCCUCAGGGUGGCCCUCUUCAAGAACGGCCCGACCGCCGUCAGCAUCGAUGCCUCGCACCGAUCGUUCGUCUUCUACAGCCACGGCGUUUACUACGAACCGGCUUGUGGGAACGCCCCGGACGAUUUGGACCACGCCGUGCUCGCGGUGGGAUACGGCACGUUGAACGGGGAGCCGUACUGGCUGGUUAAGAACUCUUGGUCCACGUACUGGGGCAACGACGGCUACAUCCUGAUGUCUACGAAGGACAACAACUGCGGAGUCACUACAGACGCUACAUACGUCACUCUGGCCUAGAUACUUCCUGUUUGUUGUUGAUGUUUACGCUGUUGUCAGUGCCUGGGUCUGAAUGACACUUUAUGUUUGGUGUGAGAGUCUAAGCAGCCUGAAAGUAUUUAGGGGGCACCGAUCCACUUUUUUCAUUUCCAAUCCCAAUAUCUGAGGUUUACUAUCAGAAAUACAGAAAAACACUGCUGAAUU